GAAGGAGUCAACUUGAAGAAUACCUUCAAGGCCGCCUUGCACCAAAAUGGACACCGUGCCGCCGUCAGGUUUUCCGGUCCUGUUGGACUUAAGGUCGCUAAAACGACAUCGCGCCAGAGCUUUAAGGCGCCAACCAUCACACAGGCAGUUGCGAUGAUAGACGGAGAGAAGGCCAUUCCAGAGAUUCGACGGAACCUGCGCCGUUCAUGUACGACCAGAAGGGCCCGAAGUAUGAGGAGUUUGCGGAACUUUAUCCAGGACGCUGGCGUGGCGGACUGGUUCGAGGAGUUUCCGAUGAGGCGAGAUAUGAUCCUGCAGAUCUUUUGCGCAACUAUUGCGAUGUUGACCACACGAUGACGAGAGAACGGAUAGGAAGAUCAGGACGAGACCAUUUCAACUUCGAACGUGAUGGACACGGACCUCCGUUUGAUGCGGACGUCGCUGCUUUGUCGCCAUUCGUUCUUCCGGUAGUCCAACAUGCCAACAUUUUUUGCAGGAGGAAUCUGGCCAAAGUUGAAAAUAACACGGACUUGGCCGCCCUCAAUUCGGCGAUCCAUGACCUAACGGCCUUGACCCGUUACGCUCGUCGAAAUCCUGGGUUGAUUGAGUUCAUGAUCGAUAAGAACAUGGAGACGCAGCGUGCGGCAAGAGAGGCUAGUAGGGUGGACAUCCCAGUUAGCGAUAUGCACGAUCUGCGGUCGGCUGACGCAGCAGGUCACCUGAAUCUCAACCACUUUGAACAACAACAGCGAGCGGACUCCGAACGUCACGGAGCAGUUGAAUCGCCUGAGGCACCCGGACUACGAGACCGUCUACUAGCUGUCCAACUUUCACUGGUCGUCGAUCCUGAAGCUCUCCGGACGGUACGUUCUUCCCUCGAUCAAGCUAUCGCACGCGGUUAGUCCUCAAAUAGCUCAGAAACUUAGCAAUCUCGACGAGAAAGCCCCGCAUCACUUCCAUUGGAAGGCACUGGCCGCCGCGCUGGAUCCGAUCGACUUGAACGACGCCGACACCGGAGACGUUCCGAGCAUUAACACCGGCAACGCACCGUUCUACCCAAAGACGCCGAUAGAGAUCCUGCUUUGUUGCAUGCUGAUCGCCAUCAGUUUCUUCAUGAUCACAUAUCACAACGAGUGGCGAACCAGCUGGACCACGAACAGUGAAAACGAGCAGGAACCAAAGCAGGGACAGCCACCCACGAGCUUCGCCUUCAAGCUGAAAAAGAAGCUUUAGUUCAACUUUACCAGUCCGAAUCAAAGCCAAGAACCGAAAACCGGCAAGGCUCCGUCCCUCUUUGACUCUGCGGCACAGUACGAGAAGAAGUUUACCCGCUGGUAACUCACCGGCGAACUCACAGAAACGACUCAGCAAUUGCGGAUUGGGAGCGGAGCUCCGAAACCGCUUUCUCACGUCCUCCGGUCUAAAUCCGUACUACGAGACAGCCACCGUGCAGCAGCGACAAAACCACAACGAAGAAAAGUCCCAAAAACCUGGCAGCAGUACGGCUCGCAAAAAAAAACACCAAACCACGCCGAUCUGGUGUCUGGACUUUCUGGAUAAUCUCAUCGUGAUCGGGUGCGCCGACGGGCGGCACGAGUUCUAGGAGGGCACCACCGGCAACUUAAAGGGCAUCUACGAGACGGAGCACACCCGCAACAAGGAGGUCCCCAACAUCAAGCUGACCGGGGACAAGGUGGUG